ACACACAUAUCACGUUUCAUAUCCGCCAUAUUGGAUUUAUAGAGGUGGAAGAAAACAUGGAAAACGAGAAAAAGAUCCCGAUAUUUUGACUUGAUUUAAACCAUAUAGAACACGGGUAAAAAAUACAGUUAUAACUACUACUAGGAGGCUUUUGAUCGCCUCGAUACCUAAAUUGGCUGCGAACAGGCCACGAAAACGAUGUGAGCAUUUAAGAACUCCAGAAAGAAAUGGCAGCAUAACUGAAAAUUUAUUUAUAUAAAUAGCAAUGACGAAACUUCGAUAGAUUGAAUUUUGCGAUGUCUGUAGAAAUCCCGGUAGAAAUGGAUAACGCCAAGCGUUCGAUCGAGAAUACUGGCUUCAAGACUAUAGAGACGGUCGGUCGUCUUGUGUUAUUUGUUGUACUACGCUUCUGGAGAUUCUGCAGUGCAGCAAUGCUUACUCUUCUUCUCCUAUAUUGGCUUUAUGGCGGCGUUGUGAUUUUUCUCCUCCUCACUGCUGCAGUUCUAGGAGCACUUUACCACUACCAGGACUCAUUAUUAUAUUUCCCUGAACAGCCGUUAUCUUCAAGACUUUUUGUACAAAACCCAAGAGUUCUGGGCCUACCGUGCGAAAAUCUCUACUUGAAAACACAAGACGGAGUUAGAAUAAAUGUAGUAUUUAUUAAGCAAGUGCCACCAUUACAAGCAACAGCACCAACUGUGUUAUUUUUCCAUGGAAAUGCGGGCAAUGUUGGACAUAGACUGAUGAAUGCCAAGGCAUUGCAUAGUCAGUGUGGUUGUAAUGUCUUGCUGGUGGAAUAUCGAGGUUAUGGGAAGAGCGAAGGCAGCCCUAGUGAACAUGGUUUUCAGCUUGAUGCGCAAGCUUCUAUGGACCACCUCCUUAGCCGCACAGACAUUGAUCCCACCCAGAUCAUUGUGUUUGGUCGAUCACUGGGUGGAGCUGUUGCUAUAGAUCUUGUAUCACACCCUGCAUACGUCCAAAGGGCCUUUGCUCUUGUUGUCGAGAAUACAUUUGUUAGUAUUCCUGCCAUGGCAAACACUCUGAUAGCUGGCCUUCACAGACUUCCAUACUUCUGUUUUAGAAAUAAGUUCAAUUCACUUAGUAAGAUUCCUAAUGCAAGAGUUCCUACCCUAUUCCUGUCUGGAAUGGCAGAUCAGCUCAUACCACCAAAAAUGAUGAAAAUGCUCUAUCAGUCUUCAGGAUCCUCUUUGAAGAAGCUGGAACAAUUUGAGGGAGGUAGCCAUAAUGACACGUGGCAGUGUUUUGGGUACCUGGAUGCAAUAUCACGCUUUAUUUGUGAGGUACACCAAGCUCAUGCUGAUGGCAUUAUCCCCACCCCCUUCCCUGCCGACAGCUCCGCCUCCACCCCGACAGGCACCAGUCUGCUUAGCUCAGGGCGAACACAAGAUAUCUAGGAACGCAAUAUAUUUUAAACAUUUAAAAUUCUAGAGAAAUGUCUCUGCCUGCAGUCUGGCUAGACCAGCUUUGCAUUCAAGAAUCCCAAGGGCAUUUUCAUUCACGAACUUUGGGUAAAUGGAAUUUUAGGAUGUUAUUGUCUUUGCUUGCUAAAGCAUUGUAUAGCAAUUAAAAGUGAACAAAAAAUUAAGAUCAAAUAAUCUCUUGAUGACUGUACAGGGAUCCAUGGUGUCUAGAUGUGAAAAAAUACUAACGGUUUUCUUUGUGGAGAGGGGGGGGGGGGGGGUGAAUUUUGAUAAAAAAGCCUUUGUCAUCAGCUACAAUAUUUAAAGUAAUUUAAAAAUUAAAAUAACCAUCUAGAAA